CUCAGUCACAUCUGCGGGGAGAAGGAGAUCCCGCACAUCCGUGUGGGCCCCGAGGACGCCCCCCGGCCGCCCCUGCUCCGCUUGGCCGCGCUCAGCCUGUACCCGAGCAACGAGGACGUGAGCCAGGCGCUGGGGGGGCUCCUGCGCAGCCUCCGCGCCCCCCCGGCAUCGCUCAUCUGUGCCAGGGCCGAAUGCCUGUUAAGGUUAGAGGAGCUGGUGCGGCAGUUCCUCAUCUCGCGCGAGUCGCUCUCCGUGCGCGUCCUGGACGCCGAGCAGGACCCGACGCCGCUGCUGAAGGAAAUCCGCGACGACAAAGUGCCGACCAUCAUCAUCGACGGCAGCGCCGCCACCGCCGGCCUCGUGCUCGCCAAGGCCUCGGAGCUGGGGAUGACGUCGACGUUCUACAAAUACAUCCUGACCACCAUGGACUUCCCGCUGCUCCGGCUGGACGCUCUCCCGGCCGCUCCGGCCACCGUCCUGGGCUUCUCCAUGUUCAACACGAGCCAUCGCUUCUACCCCGAGUUCGUGCGGAGCCUCAACAUGUCCUGGAGGGAGAGCUGCGAGCUGGGGCCCUACCCCGGCCCCGCGCUGUCGGCGGCGCUGCUGUUCGACGCCGUGCACGUGGUGGUGGGCGCCGUGCGGGAGCUGAACCGCAGCCAGGAGAUCGGGGGGCGCCCCCUGGCCUGCGCGGCCCCCGGGAUCUGGCCCCACGGCACCAGCCUGAUGAACUACCUGCGCAUGGUGGAGUACGACGGCCUGACCGGGCGCGUGGAGUUCAACAGCAAAGGGCAGCGCACCAAUUACAGCCUGAGGGUGCUGGAGAAGGGCAGGGAUGGACACAGGGAGGUGGGCGUGUGGUUCUCCAACCGGACGCUGGCCAUGGACGAGGCCACGCUGGCGCUGAACGCCUCGGACAGCCUGGCCAACAAGACGCUGAUCAUCACCACCAUACUGGAGAACCCGUACGUGAUGCGGGUGGGCGGUGAUCGAUAUGAAGGAUUUUGCGUGGACAUGCUGCGCGAGCUGGCGGCGCUGCUCAAGUUCCGCUUCCACAUCAAGCUGGUGGAGGACGGGCUGUACGGGGCGCCCGAGCCCAACGGCUCCUGGACGGGCAUGGUGGGGGAGCUCAUCAACCGGAAAGCCGACCUGGCGGUGGCGGCGUUCACCAUCACGGCCGAGCGCGAGAAGGUGAUCGACUUCUCCAAGCCCUUCAUGACCCUGGGCAUCAGCAUCCUCUACCGCGUGCACAUG